AUGUAAGGUGGGAAAUUAUUUUAAAAAAAUCUAAGGAUAUAAUAAAUUAAAACUAAUAAGGGUAAGUAAUAUGUUCUUUAAUUUCAGCCAUAAAGGAAGAACUGUCCGAAUUUUACCGACUUUAUAGCGAUUUUCGAAAAAGAAUUAACUUCUUCAAAUGAAUUAACUCUUCGAAAAAUGUAAUUAUGGAUGUAAUAACCUUCAGAAAGACUAAAAUGGCUUGCUACAGUAUGUGAAAGUGUACAAGGGAUGUUUGGAUUUCAGAUUAUUUCUUAAAUAAGUGUAUACGAAAUGUAAGGAAAUACACAUGUUUAGUUGCUAAUGUAGAGGAUUUUGUAAAAAGUCUACGAGCCAUUUUUAAAGUAUAUUAGUUUGUGGAUUUAUUAAGGAGAAUUAUGUGAUAAUUAUAAGGAAUUUUUCGUAGGAAUAAAUUAGUAAUAAGAAAAUAAUAAUAAUAAUGAUAUAUGGAAAAAUAAGUAUUUUCUUGUAAUUUAAUAAAUUCCAAAUAUUAUUGUUAGAGAAAGUGCUUAAAUAAUAUUCAAUUUAGGGAGAAGUAUUAACUUUUUACAUAAGGCUUGUAAAUAAAAUGAUUGGAAACUAAAUUUAGAAUUCUUUAAUUUCAAAGUCGAAAAAAAUGCAGAUUAGCUCAAAAGUUGGUUAAGAGAUGCUUCUAGACUAGUCAAUAAUCAAAUUAUGGAUGUUUUAGUGAAUAAAUAUCACCUAAAAAAACAUCUUUAUGCAAUUAAACAAUUCCUACUUAUGGGAUAAGGAGAUUUUAUUUAAUAAUUAAUGCAUUUAUUAUACGAUGAACUUUCUCAACCUGCUAAUUAGAUUUUUAGGCAUAAUUUAUUAGGAUAAUUAGAAAGUGCAAUAAGAUCAAGUAAUGCUAAUAGUGAAACUUCUUAAAGAUUAGAUGUAAAGUUAUUAGAAGCAUCUCCAGGAGAUAAAGGAUGGGAUAUAUUUUCUUUGGACUAUCAUGUAGAAGCGCCUUUAGAUACUAUUUUAUCUAAAGAAGUUAUGAGAAAAUAUUUAAAAAUUUUCAACUUUUUAUGGCGAAUGCGUCGUAUAAGUCAUACUUUAUCUCAAGUUUGGUUGAGCCACAUGAAAGCAGGAAAUAUAAUGAAUUAAAAAGAAAAUAUCGGUUCUUUGUAUGCCAAAAUAAAUAGGACAAGGCAUGAAAUGAUUAAUUUUAUAAACAAUUUCAUGUGUUAUAUUAUGGUCGAUGCUAUCGAAAGCAGUUGGAAAGAGUUUUGCGAAGAAUUCGAUAAAAGUGAAGACUUUUAAACUAUAAUUGAUAAACAUGAAGAGUUUGUAUAAAAUGUUCUUACAAAAUCACUCCUUACAUAGGAUAGUUUAAAAAUUUAUGAAAAAAUUAAUAAAAUAGCGACUUUGAUUCUCAAAUUUAGAAUAAAUUAAUAAGUUUUAAUUACCGAAGUCUAGGAUGAACAUGAAAGAAUUAGAUAGUUUAAAGUCGAAUAAAGGGCUAAACUUAUUAUUAAUUAAUUAGAAGAAGAAUAAGACGCUGAUUUUAAAGAUAAUAAUUUAGAAAACUCAGAUUUUUAAAUUCCUCAAAGUGCAAAUAAUUUUAAAGAAUUUAAUAAGGAAUAUUAGUAAGCUUUUGCUUAAUUACUUUAGCUUAUAAAACAUAAUGAUAAGUUAAGAUAUUUGAGCUUUAAAAUAGACUUUAAUGAGUACUAUGCUUAGGAAAAUUUUGUAAUUUUGAAUACUAAACAACAAUAAACAAGACUUAAAUAAAAUGAUUUUUAACAAGAAUUUUAAAUAGGGAGAAAUUAAUAAUAAUAAUAGUUUUUUAUGUAGCAAUAAAAAAAUGAUUUUCAAACUAUUAAUAAAAGUAAAAACAAUUUCGAUAUAAAUAAUUGA